UUAAACAUGGUUAUGAGAAUCACCCAAAAUCGCGGGAAACGCGUCCUGUUUCUGCUUAGAGACCCGUGAGGUUGAGUUACAAUUUUUUAAUACUAAAAAGAGAAAUAAUUUAUAAGACAUCGAAUUAAUUUUUUUAGAAGUUUACAUUCAAUACGUAUCAAUUCCUAUAGACUUAUAAAAAAUAGGUGUUGUUUCUGUAAGAAAUAAAGUAGCCCUUGAAAAUCGGCCAUCGCAGCUAUUUUCAGCGAUAAUGAAAAUUGUUUUCUAUUCGUGAAUCCUUUAUACACAAGUUCUAAAGUUUAUAUUGUGCUAAUCAGUGAAGAAAUAUAUGAGGUUUCAUAUCAUUAAAUUAUUGUCUUCCUCAAUAGACGAAGAUGCUAAAUUAGUUAGAAAACAAUGAAUACUAUCAACAAAGCAAAUAGCAAGGUGGGCAUAAUUGUUGAAUCAAGAUUUGGCGAAUUCGACAGAAAUUUGGAAAUAACGAGCAAUAAUUUUGAGAAUGAUCAAAUGGACAUCAGUGUUAAUUGUAACAAAACUUCACCUGGUAGAAGUCGUUAUGGCAGAAUAAUAAAACCUAAGUCUCCUAAGAAUGAGGUUGCCAGUUCUCCAAAGAAUUCUAAAAUGCCAAAGAAUCGAAAAUAUCAAAAUUCAUUUGAUAGUAAUGAUAGUACUGAUGAAAAUAAUACAACUAAUGAUAUGGACGAUACAAGUGAUUCUUCUAAUAGUUUAAAUAUCAUGGAGGAAACUACUCCAAAAUUAGUUGGUUCACCUAUACAAUGUAAUUGGAUUUUAGGUCAAUUAGCAUGGGCCAGAGUUGGUAAUUUUCCUUUUUGGCCUUGUGUUAUAACACUUGAUCCAGUUUUAAUGGUAUAUCAUAGGUUAAAAGCUACUGCCAGAUCACAAAUACUAAUGAUACAUGUCCAAUACUUUGGUGAUAAAGGACGUCAUAGUUGGGUUUCAUCAAAUUCUAUGAUACCAUUUACAAAUCUUGCAGACUUUAAAAAAUUAUCAGAAUCAAUCACUGCAGAAGUUAAAAAAAGAGAUGCAAAAUAUGCAGCAGCAUUUAUUGUAAAGCCUGGUAUAAAAUCAAAAUGGGAAAGUGCGAUUGAAGAAGCUAUGGAAGUUCAUCCUAUGAGUAAUGAUGAUAGAGCAAAUAUUUUUAAACCAAAGGAAAAAAAUAUAAAAAAUAAAUCAUCAAAAGUAUCUGAAGAAAAGGAUAAAGUUAAUAAAAGAAAACACUCAAGUGAUUCAAAUGGUCCUGAUCUUAAACGUACUAAACAAGAUAAUGUAUGUGAGUUACAUAAAUCAUUACAAGACAAAACAGAUGGUACAAAAUCAAAUAUACUCAAAUACAUUGAGAAUGGUAAAAAUCAUUCAAAACUCAAUUCAGAUACUCCUCCAUUAUCUCCCUUAAGUCAAAGAGAUUCAAAUGAUGAAGUUUCUCUCAUGCAAAAAGUUGAGUUUCGAACUGAAGAAGAUAUAGAUGGUGUUUUUGAGGUUUAUUAUGAACGAAAUAGAGAUAUGUUAGAAGAUGAAUAUCCAGAUGCAUCAGAACAUGAUAUUAGAAAAUAUUUAAGAAAGACUUGGGAUAAUAUGAAUUCUUCUUUUCGCAAAAAGUAUCGAUCCUAUGUAACUUCAGACACUUCUAAUGUCCAUGCAAAAGAAAAUUCGUUAGAUCAGGAAGAUGAUUUAUUGAUAGAAAUAGAUGGAAAUACUAAAGAUAAUAAAAAAACUAAAAUCAAAGUUGAAAAAGAAGAGAUAAAUAUUUCAGAAACGAAAAAUAGACCUUAUAAUCUUUUCAAAGGAAUGAAACAAGAAAAAGUUUGUCAAAUAUGUGAAAAAACUGGAAAAUUAACUAGGUGUAAAGGUCCUUGUUAUUCGUAUUUUCAUCUUUCUUGUGUCAAACCAGGAGAGUCUAGUCCAGAACAUUCCAUUGAUGAGAAUAUUAUGGACGAUAAGAUUCUCGAUGAUAUAAAGGAAAUUAAACAAAAUAAUAUUGAUGAUGAUGAGAAUAAUGGCAAAUCAGAAGAACAAGAAGAUGAAUUCUUCAAAUGUAUUGAUUGUUUAUCAGGAGUAGCACCUGCCUGUUUUAUAUGUAAUGAAAGAGAAGGAGAUAGAAUAAGAUGUUCUGUAUUAGCUUGUGGCAAACAUUAUCAUUCAUCUUGCUUAAAAUCAUGGCCACAAUCUCAUUGGCAGGGAGGCCGUUUGACUUGUCCAUAUCACAUAUGUCAUACAUGCAGUUCAGACAAUCCUCAGGAUAGUCAUUCAAGAGCUCCAAAUGAGAAAUUGGCACGAUGUGUUCGUUGUCCUUCGUCUUAUCAUACAUCUACAUCUUGUUUACCUGCUGGUUCAGUGAUUUUAACUGGUAGUCAAAUAGUUUGUCCAAAGCAUUAUCAACCACCACAACCUCCAGUAAAUGCAGCAUGGUGUUUUUUAUGUACAAGAGGUGGAAGUUUAAUUUGUUGUGAUACAUGUCCAACAUCAUUUCAUUUAGAAUGUUUAGGUAUCAAUGCUCCUGAUGGUGCAUUUAUUUGUGAAGAUUGUGAAACAGGUAGAUUGCCUUUGUAUGGAGAAGUUGUUUGGGUUAAACUUGGUAAUUAUCGUUGGUGGCCAUCUCGUAUUUGUUAUCCUCAUGAAAUUCCUGAAAAUAUAGAAGCUAUAGCACAUAGUCCUGGUAAAUUUUGUGUAAUGUUCUUGGGAUCGAAUAAUUAUCAUUGGAUUCAUAGAGGACGUGCUUUUUUGUAUCAAGAUGGUGAUGCAAAUAUAAAACCACCAAUCGGUAAAAAAAACAGAGAUGAUACUUAUCGUAAGGCAUUAGAAGAAGCCAAUGAGAUUCAUCAGCGUUUAAAAAUUGAAAGAGCUGCUGCUAAAGACCAUGGACCACGUGGAUUGAAACCUCCACAUUAUGUUAAAUUAAAGGUGAAUAAACCGGUUGGUAAUGUAAAGCCAGUAGAAGUUGAAAGUAUUGUUGCAUGUGAUUGUGAUCCAGAAUGGGAAAAUCCAUGUGCACCAGGAACAGAUUGUCUUAAUCGAAUAUUAUUAGUUGAAUGUAGUCCUGGCAUUUGUCCAGCUGGUCCCAAAUGUAACAAUCAAGCAUUUGUACGAAGACAAUAUCCAGCUAUGGAACCAUUUCAUACUGUAGGACGUGGUUGGGGUCUUAGAAGUUUAGAACACAUUAAAGCUGGACAGUUUGUUAUAGAAUAUGUAGGUGAAGUUAUAGAUGAGGCUGAAUACAAGCGAAGACUACAUAGAAAAAAGGAAUUAAAAAAUGAGAAUUUUUAUUUUCUAACUAUAGAUAAUAAUAGAACAAUCGAUGCAGAACCAAAAGGCAAUCUUAGUCGAUUUAUGAAUCAUUCAUGUUCACCUAAUUGUGAGACUCAAAAAUGGACAGUAAAUGGAGAUACACGUAUAGGUCUGUUUGCAUUAUGCGAUAUUGAGCCUGGCGAAGAAUUGACUUUUAAUUAUAAUUUAGCUUGUGAUGGAGAAACUCGAAAACCUUGUUUAUGUGGCGCAUCAAAUUGUAGUGGAUUUAUAGGUUUAAAAGUACAGAAACCGCAAGUAACAACACCUUCAAUUCAACAAAAAAAAAUUGAAAAAUUUGAUAAAAUAAAACGUCAAAAAAGAUCGAGAAAGCAUGUACUAUGCUGGAGUUGUGGACAAGAAAUUGAAAAAUUAGCAGAAUUUGUCAUUUGUGAUCAAAAGACAUGUAAUAAGAAGUACCAUAAAGCUUGUGUAAUCAUUGAUGAUACAGAUUCAAGAUUUAGUUGUCCUUGGCAUCGCUGUGCAGAAUGUCGCCGUAGAACAUCUGCACAUUGUUCCUUCUGUAGUGCUGCUUUUUGUCAAGUGCAUCUGGAUGGAAAUCUAUUUGAGUACAGCGAAAAGGGCGGUUUUGUUUGUAAACUGCAUGAAAAUAUGGAUAUGCAGAGAUCUUCUGUAGAAGAUGAAAAAGAUUAUUCGGAUAAUGAUACUGAAACAGACAAAGAAUACUCGUCUACAGGUUCCAAUAGUCCGUUAUUAACAAUGGAAAAAUCAAUACCAAGAGAACCAUCACCAAGAGUUUCCAUAGUGGAGGUUCAUCCAAGUAGUGAAGAAAGUGAAGAAUCUCAAAAAGAAGAUGACGAAGAAAUAAUGCAGUUUGCUGAUUUUAUGCCUUGUGAUUCAAAAAAUAUGAAAGGAAAAGAAUUACACCGAUUAUCUCUAAGAUUGAAAGGAGGGAAAGAUCAGGUAGAAAAAUUAAGUAAUCUUACAUCUAGUCAAUUGGAGGCUAUAAUCGGUGGCAGUCUACUUGAGUGAACUAUUUAUCCUUAUUAAUUAGGAUUAAACAAUAAAAUAUAUUUUAAUGUGCAUAGUCUCAAAAUCUCCACAAUUGAUAAAUCACGAAUUAUGUAAUGAUAAAUGCGAUACAACUGUGAACGCCAAUAUAGUAGUAUUUGUAAUUAUAUACAUUGUUUGUAAAACACUCAUUCCAUGUCAAAGGGAUCAGUUGAAUAACAAAUUUUAAUAAAUUCUAAUUCUACUAUCACGAAAAUAAGUUUUAUUUUUAAUGAUGAUAAUUUUGAAUAUAUCUAUGUUACAUAAUUUAAUGAGUUAUAUACAUAUUCAUACAUUGCAUUUAUGAGUCAUAUGCAUAUGUAUGUAUAUAUAUACGCGCUCGCAUAUAUGCGACAAGCAUUCAUCUAAUCGGAUUGACAUGGAAUGUUUUUUUUUUUAAUUUACGAAUAAUAUAACAUAGAAUAAAUGCAUACAUAUUCAUGCAAUAUUUUUUCCUUCUGUUUUAACAUAUAAUUAGGUAUCUAGAAUUGUCAUACUAAUUCAAUAUUUUGAAUUAAUUUGGACGUUUAUGUAUGGAUAAACUUUUGUGAAAGCAAUGUUUAUUUUGUACAUUAUAUUUAUACAUUAGUUAAACAUAUUUUUUAAAUCUUUUUUAUAUUGUAGCUUAAAAUUCUUGUCCAUUAUAUCAUCAUACCUAUAAAAUAAUCAUUGAAAUAAUUACAUUUAUUAAAUUGUAAUAACUAUCUUCACACUGCCUUGUGAAUUUUGAAAUUUUCUAUUAUAAAAUACGAGUUAUUUUUAAGACUAUUUACUAUUACAAAAUAUUAAUUAAAUGAAAUUUUUAUCGAAUAUUGUAAAA